UUUUCACAGCUUAGCUUCGGCAGGUGCAGUAUCAACUACCUUCCAUUUUAAAAUUAACAUUCUAGAAAAUACAGUCCCUUUAUCUUUGUAAAUUGCCAGGUCGUUUUCUGUGUAGAGGAUAGGACAACGACACCCUCACGAGUCUUUAUCACCAUCUGAUUUGCUUGUAAGUAGUACUUCAUUAAUCUCAACUUCUUCUUCUUUGUAAAAUCCAAACCACCCAGAGGUCGGACGGCAAGAGCCACAGGGGAUUCAGAAGCUUGCAAUGGAGGUAAGCAACAAGUACAUAACAAUAAAGAAUCAUGUAGAUGGUGCACCCAAGGAGUCAGACUUUGAGAUAAGGGCGGCUUCUCUUCCUUUAAAACUUCAACCUGGUUCCACUGAUAUAAUAGUGAAAACUCUUUAUGUAUCAAUCGAUCCUUACCAGUUAAACCGCAUGAAGACUACAAGCUCCUCUCAAAGUGCAUCAAGUUACUCAGUUGCCAUUAAUCCUGGCGAGGCUAUAAAUGCUUAUGGUGUGGCCAAAGUUGUUGUUUCUGGGAAUCCAGAGUUUGAGAAGGGGGAUUUGGUUGUGGGGUUUUUCUCUUGGGGCGAGUACUGUAUAGUGAAACCAGGUGGAAUGAUAAGGAAAUUUGAUUCCAUGGGAUUUCCAUUGUCUUACCAGGUUGGAGUUUUAGGGUUUAGUGGACUUACAGCCUAUGCAGGAUUCUUUGAAAUUUGCAAGCCCAAAAAGGGAGAAAAAGUGUUUGUAUCGGCUGCCUCUGGAUCUGUUGGAAAUUUGGUGGGACAAUAUGCAAAACUCUUCGGUUGCUAUGUGGUUGGCUCUGCCGGAAGCAAGGAAAAGGUAGCAUUGCUGAAAGAGAAGCUCGGUUUUGAUGAUGCAUUCAACUACAAGGAGGAAACUGACUUAAAGGCCACUCUCAAGAGGUACUUCCCUGAAGGGAUAGAUAUAUAUUUUGACAAUGUGGGAGCAGAAAUGCAAGAAGCAGCAGUUGCCAACAUGAACAUUUUCGGUAGAGUGGCAGUCUGUGGGAUAAUAUCUGAAUACACAAAUAGUGGCAGACGAGCAGCUCCUGAAAUGCUAGAUGUCGUGUACAAGAGAAUCAGGAUUCAAGGGUUUUUAUCAGCUGAUCACUUUGACGUUUAUGGAGAUUUCAUUUCAACAACCUGUGACCACCUCCGAACUGGUAAAAUUCAUCCACUGGAAGACAUUUCCUCUGGUGUAGAGAGCAUCCCAUCUGCUUUUAUAGGACUUUUUCAGGGCCACAACGUCGGAAAAAAGAUGGUUCAAAUUGCAGAAGAGUGAGAUGAUUUAUGGCAAAUCUCCCAGCUUUCAGCUUAAUUUUCAUCACAGAAUAAUUGAUGGAUUCUGAUAACCAUCCCAUUUAGUCAUGUCAUGUUAAAUUUCAGCUUCUUUAUAGUAGGCCAUUGUAGUAGGCCAAUGAACUGUUUCUCCAUAGAGAAUUUUCCAAUUUAACUUCCA